AUGGGAUCAUCUCACACAACAGAGGAAAUCACUGACUUUUCCAUAGCUUUCUCUAAUAGCAGUUACAGUGCAGAUUUAACGCCAGACAUUGGCAUCGACCCCUCCCUGCUGGUGUUUUCGGGUCUGAACUCCACAGCUGUGCUGCAGGACUACUCCUCCACCAUGAAGAAACACAUGGAGAACAAUGUGGGUGUAUACAUCAAGGACCUGGGAGCCGCAUUAGGGAGUUUUAACGCCAUCCCUAACGCUGUGGGCCUGGGAGCCCUGGUGAUCUCCAUGGUAAUUGAGAUGGUGGUGGCCACAACCAAGGCACCUCCAGAGAGCCACAGUGACAUGCUGCGCCGGGUAUUUGCUGAGGAGAAGGUGUCGGAGCUGCGAGACCUGAUGGACGAGUACCUGAAGCGCUACAGACUGAACCUGCUCCUUAAAGAUGAGCUGUUGAAGGACACCCAACGUCUGGAACACCAAGUGAGUGCCCAGAUGACCAGGGUGAAAAACUCCAUGCUGCACGAUGGGCACAUGAACUCCAGGGCAUUCAAACACUGGGUCAAUGGUGCCGCUUUCCACGUCCAGAUGCUCAUCCAGUUGGCGCGUCUGGGCAAUGGGAGCAGCACCCCAUCCCGAAAUGCUAUAAGUGUUUACCAGGAGGACCUGGAAAAGCUGCUGGAGGCAUACAGGGCUUACAGAAAGACCGCCAUAUCUUUUCAUUGUCGUCACAGUGUGCUGUCGCCCCUCCCUGCAGACUACGCCUUCGUGACGCCUAUACAGGUGGACUCCGCUGGCGGCUACCUGUCACACGACGUGCUGGGGCGUGGUCGGAGGCGCCGCUCGCUGUCCCAGGAGGACGGGACACUACACUACCACGUGUCAGCCUUCGGGAGGGAACUGCAGCUGGACCUUCAGCCCUCACCGCUGCUGGCAGAUGGCUUCUCCGUGCAAACCUUCGGCCGGGAGGGUAUUGGGACAGAGCCCCCGGUGCCCGACCUCCGUGACUGCUUCUACCAGGGACGAAUACGCAACCACACGGUUUCAUCGGUGGCCAUAUCCGUGUGCGAAGGCCUGUCGGGCUUAAUUCGGACAAUGGACGAAGAGUUUUUCAUCACCCCGCUGCCACAACACCUGACGAUGGCGCACAACUACAGCACCCCCAGUGGGCAUCAUCCACAUGUGCUGUACAAGCGCUCUGCGGAGCUCUAUAUCCAUAAAGACCUCCGUGUGCACCCCCAGGACCAAGACCACCACCUCCGUCAGCACGGGAAGCUUCAGAGACAACACUUCUGUGGACGUCGCAAGCAAUAUGCUCCCAAGCCCCCUGUUGAGGGUUUACCGGGUGGGGACGACGAGUUUGCUGGACAGGGACGAUCCAGGCGCUCCCCUAUCCCACAAGCCCAAGCGGGUGGGCUGAAUGUGGAAACUUUGGUGGUGGCUGAUCGCAAAAUGUUGGAGAAGCAUGGCAGGGAGAAUGUCACCACCUACGUCUUGACUGUCAUGAACAUGGUCUCAAGCCUUUUCAAAGAUGGCACUAUUGGCACUGAUAUCAACAUCGUGGUUGUCAGUCUGCUUCUUCUGGAGGAAGACCCACUGGGCCUGACCAUAAACCACCAUGCAGACCAGUCCCUUAACAGCUUCUGCCAGUGGCAGUCAGGCCUCGUGGGCAAGAACGGGAAGCGGCACGACCACGCCGUGCUACUGACGGGCCUGGAUAUCUGCUCUUGGAAGAAUGAACCCUGUGACACACUGGGUUUUGCUCCAAUUAGUGGUAUGUGUUCUAGAUACCGAAGCUGCACAAUAAAUGAGGACACGGGCCUCGGCCUCGCCUUCACCAUAGCCCAUGAAUCUGGACACAAUUUCGGGAUGAUUCAUGACGGCGAGGGAAACCCCUGCAGGAAGGCUGAGGGAAACAUCAUGUCACCGACGCUGGCUGGGAACAACGGCGUCUUUUCCUGGUCUGCCUGCAGCCGCCAGUACCUUAGCCGUUUUCUCAGUACAGCUCAGGCCUCCUGUCUGGUGGAUGAGCCCAAGCAGGUGGGACAAUACAAGUUCCCUGAGCAACUUCCUGGUCAGCUGUAUGAUGCUAACACUCAGUGCAAAUGGCAGUUUGGGUCCCGAGCCAAACUGUGCAGCCUGGACUUUGUGAAGGACAUCUGCAAGUCUCUGUGGUGCCACCGCACAGGGCACAGAUGUGAGACCAAGUUCAUGCCAGCUGCAGAGGGAACCAUCUGUGGGGCAGACAUGUGGUGCCGGAGGGGCCAGUGUGUCAAGUUCGGGGAUAAUGGUCCAAAGGCAAUCCACGGACAGUGGUCCGAGUGGUCCAGGUGGUCUGACUGCUCCCGCACUUGUGGCGGAGGUGUAAGGUACAAGGAACGGUUUUGCAACAGCCCAAGGCCUCAAUACAAUGGGAAGUUUUGUACUGGCACAGGUCGCCUGUACCAGCUGUGCAAUGGCGGACCAUGCCCACCCGGUGGAGUAGACUUUCGCUCGCAGCAGUGCGCUGAGUACAACAGCAAGCCCUUCCGCGGGUGGUACUACAAGUGGAAGCCCUACACGAAGGUGGAAGAUGAGGACAUCUGCAAGUUGUACUGCAUCGCAGAGGACUUUGACUUCUUCUUUGCCAUGUCAAGCAAAGUGAAGGACGGGACACCUUGCUCAGACCACAGUACUGAUGUUUGCAUCGAUGGAAUUUGUGAGCCUGUUGGAUGUGACCAGGUCCUGGGUUCAAAGGCCAGCCUAGAUGCUUGUGGUGUCUGCAAAGGGGACAACUCCACCUGCAAGUUCCUCAAGGGCCACUAUCUGCAGCAGCAUCAUGCCAAUGAGUACUAUCCAGUUGUCACCAUCCCAGCAGGGGCGAGGAGCAUCCACGUUCACGAAAUGGACGUCUCCAACAGCUAUCUGGCUGUCCGCAGCCUCAAGAGAAAAUACUAUCUGACAGGGGACUGGACCGUGGACUGGCCAGGAAAGUUCCAGUUUGCCGGGACCAUGUUCCACUACCGGCGGGCCUUCAGUGAACCGGAGAGCUUGUACGCUCUGGGGCCGACUAAUGAGACCCUGGUCUUUGAAAUCCUCCUGCAGGGGAAGAACCCAGGAGUGAUGUGGGAGUACACCCUCCCGAAGACUGAGAAGAAGCACAACUACACCUGGGUUGUGGUCCGGUCAGACUGCUCAGCUCCGUGCGCCGGAGGUCGCAUAUCGACAAAAGCCAUCUGUCUACAAGAUCAGCGCACGCAAGUCAACUCUUCUCUCUGCAAUCCCCAGACAAAGCCUGUGAUUGGAUCUCAACUAUGUAACACGCACCCUUGUCCAGCCUACUGGGCCACUGACGAGUGGGGGGCAUGUAGUCGCACUUGCGGCGCAGGCCAGCAGACUCGUCACAUCCGCUGUGUCCGCAAGGUGAGCUACCAGCGUGAGGAGGUGGCCGCACACUCCCUGUGUCCUGUGGUAGCCCCUGCUCAAGUGCAGCCCUGCUACGUUGCUGCCUGUCCCCCCGAGUGGAGCUCUGGAUCCUGGUCGCAGUGUUCAAAGACGUGUGGUCGGGGUGUGAGGAAGCGCACUGUGUUCUGUCAAGGGCCCAGAGGCGGAAGCUCCGAAGUCAGGGCCGCCGUGAUACCGGACGACAUGUGUGACCCGCGCAACAAGCCUAAGUCACAGGAGGCCUGCGUGAUGCGUCGCUGCCCCAGGAACGAGCGGCUGCAGUGGGUGGCCACACCCUGGGGAGAGUGUUCUGCCUCCUGCGGUUCUGGUACCCAGACCAGGCAUCUGCGUUGUGCAGAGAAGGAUCCCCAGGGUGAAUACACCGAGUUCCCAGUGCGGCGCUGCAGAAACCUGGCCAGACCCCCUCUGGAUCUCCAGCAGGCCUGCUCCAGAGGGGCUUGCCCAGAGCAAUGGUCUGUCCCGGGCUGGACCCACAGCCGGACUUCUGGUGCUGUGGUGCUGGGCUGGUACUCAUCGCCAUGGCAGCAGUGCUCCGUGUCCUGUGGUGGGGGGGUCCAGACCCGCAGCAUCCAAUGUCUGAGGCAGGGCCGGCCGGCCGCAGGAUGUCUCCCCCAUCAGAGACCUGUUUCCUCACGAGCCUGCAACACCCACUUCUGCCCCGCCCCCUUCAACCCCACUCUCCAAGACCAACAGCUCUGUUUGGACCAGUACAACUGGUGUCACCUGGUGCCCCGGCAUGGCGUUUGCAACCACAAGUUCUAUGGACAGCAAUGCUGCAAGUCCUGCUCCAGCAAGGCCUGAUAGACUCCUCCCACACCUACUGUCCCC